GCGUCGCACGAAUAUAUAAUAUAUUUUACGACGGGUAUAUAAUAUAUUCCUAUGUCCCUAAUCCCUAAAUACCCCCAUAUGUAACCAACUUAGAUUCGAAAUUAUAGAGAACGGUAAAAAUUGCCAAGCCCAAUCCUAAGGUUAAAAUUGCCGCCAAUAGUAUACAACCAUGGUUUGUACAUAUGGACAUAAUAUGGUUUAUACCGUUCAUGGAGAAUAAUGUACACGGCGUGCCAUCGUCGGCUAAACGAGCGGCCACGUCAGCUGCUGCAGAUUUACACGCAGCCACGUCACACGGAUCAUGACUCUGGACCAAUGGCGUUCUUGUAGUUGUAUACGCCCUUAUAACCUAUAUUAACAUAAUAUUUUAUUCAUCUAUGAAUUUCUAAAUUUCCACUGUGUAAUUUAAAGUCUUACAAUUUUCGUUAUCCUUGCUUGUUCACUUCACUGGACUUGAAUACCUUAUAGCGGACUGGAGUACUGGAAUCUGGAACCAUAGUCUGUUCUAAGCGUCUAUGUGUCUACAACUGCGAUUGGAAUACCUUUUCAAUAUUCUGUGCUGAGUGCUUUUAAGUUUUGACGCCACCAGUGGAUCACGACUUCAUCGUUGUCGUAUAGUGGGUAUAAGUAGUGUGUGCUAGAUGACAUGGCUAAAUACAAUGGUAUAAUUUCAACUGCAUGCAUGUUUUUAUUAUUAGUUGAUUGACAACAGACUUGGUCGAAAGUUUAUGUAGAUCAUUAUCUGCAGUCUUUAUUUGAAAAAUCAAUUGUUAAUCAUAAUUUCAACAAUGAAUUCCGUAUUUUUGGAUGUAUUUUUUCCAAAACAUUCAUACUCUGAAGCACCGAUAUCAGUUAUUACAGCGAUCUUAUCAGAAAAUGACACUUAUCAAUUUGCACAUAUCUCACAUGAAUUUGGCAAAUUAGGGUUUACCAAAGUGAAAGAUUUAGCUGGAGCAACCCUUGCAAAAGUCAGCUCAAUUAAAUUGUCAGGAGAUACCCUAACACUACUUUAUGGGGCUAUGGAGAAAUAUAGUGAACGCCUAGAUGAGCUUCUAAUUUCUGCCAUAUCAGAACAUGAAAAUGAAAAUUUAAUUGAAACACAAAGAAUGUGCAAGGAAUUACUUAUGCAUAAACCUAAAGACUUAGAUGUCAUGCUUCUUUAUGCGAAUUCAUUAUUUGACAGUAAAAAAUAUGCAGAUUGUAUCCACUGCUUGGAUAAUGCAAGAAAUAUUCAUCCCAAUAAUUCCGAAUUUUUAAGUAAAUUUGCAUUUUUAGUGUAUGUUGUGGCAUCAAUUGAUAGCAAUUGAUAUUUAAUGUUAUACUUUAAUUAUUUUAACUGUGUAAAUAAUUGUUAAAAUUAAUUAAAAUGAAUAAUGUUUCUACCUCCUAAGAUUGUGUCCCUAAGAUUAUUUAUUUCAAAAAAAAAAAAAAAAAACUGCAUUUGUUUAUAUGAAAAAAUCAGAAAAUGAUUUAUCAAAAAAAAUACUUAUUUCAAGCAUGUUCAAUAAAACUUUUUUGUGUGGAUGCAUGGACAGAUUAUGCCAAUUUUUUAUUUGAGACAAAUGACAUAAGAGGACGUCGCACCCGCAUGUUGUCUCCGUUUUACACACGUACGGCAUAACAAAAACGUUUUGGCGCGGGAAAGAACUGAGAAGGUUACAACUGUCAUAACUAAGAAAUGAAAUUUUCACCACACAUAGAGGAAAAUUUUGGCUGUGCAAUAUCGUUUUUAUUUUUUUUUAUAUCACUUCUACGAAAAAAGUUAUUAUUGAUUCAAAAUCCAUUAUUAUUUGUGUUUUUCAAACUUUAAUAACUUUCUUUGAAGUUCCGAUAAUGAAGAAAUAAAAACGAUAGAUGCGUGAAGACACAUGCUGCGGGUACAACGUCUUCUUAACCACAGCUAAUUUGGCUUAUAAACGUGUUUUAUAAGUCUAAAACCCAAAUUAUAUAAAGUAUGUACGUAAUGAGUAUGGAAAACUACUAUUAAAGGACCACCCAACUCAAAAACACAAUACAACAUGUAUAUAAUAAUAUGAAUUUAAUAUGUGAAUGUCUAUUAAAAAUUCUAUACCCACCCUUAAAAAAAUCCUAGAUACACAUGUAAUUACAAUAAUUUAAACCAUUCAUAUUGUAUCACAUUAAAAAUAUUUUAUAUACAACUUUAAUUGUAAUAUAUAUUUUAGAAAUGCCAAUAACUUUAUAGCAGUUGAGGCGUUUAAGUAUAUAAAUAAACAAUAAAAUUAAAACGUAUGCAUACCUAUAAUAUUCUUUUCGGAAAUAAACAGAUCACCUACAAACCUCAUAUGUGUUUUUUUCGUUAUCCAAGAGAAAAUCUAUAGUAUGUAAUAUAAUGUUUAUACAUUCCUCCGAUUGCGAAUUUUCGUCGUCAGUAUUUUUUUUAUUUCGUACGAAUUAUUUACUGGACACUCAAUAUUUUUGGCGAAUCUUGCAAUGGUUGCAAUUGUUUCUUUUUUGUAAGAAUGGGUUGGUUUA